UUAGAUGAAUUGAAUACUGAAAUACAGGAAACAGUAGAGCAUAAACCUGUAUUUGAUCCUGAUUUUCACACUGAGCUAAUCAUCAAACAUGAAUUCGAGGAUUUAAAUUCAGGUGUAAAAGAUGUUGAAAACAGUAAACCUGUAUUUGAUCCCGAUUUUCACACCGAGCUAAUCAUUAAAAACGAAUAUGAGGAUUGUAAUUUAGGUGAAAACACGGAUGAAAGAUUUGAUGAUUAUAAAUCAAAACCAAAGCGAAACAAGAAGCGUAAAGUGGAUUACACUUGUAAUCAGUGUGAGUAUGUUGCAACUCAAGCAGGCAAUCUAAAAAUCCACAUUGAAAAUAAACAUGAAGGAGUGAGAUAUCCUUGUUCUCACUGUGAGUAUGCUGCAACUACAGCAAGCCAUCUAAAGAGUCAUAUUGAAAAUAAACAUGAAGGAGUGAGAUAUCCUUGUUCUCACUGUGAGUAUGCUGCAACUACAGCAAGGCAUCUAAAGAGUCAUAUUGAAAAUAAACAUGAAGGAGUGAGAUAUCCUUGUCCUCAAUGUGAACAUACCGCAACUACAGCAAAUAACUUGAAGUAUCAUGUUAAUAGUAAACACAAAGGAGUGAGAUAUCCGUGUUCGCAGUGUGAAUAUGCGGCAACUACAGCAAGUUGUCUGAAGAUGCAUUUUGAAGGUAAACACAAAGGAGUGAGAUAUCCUUGUUCGCAGUGUGAAUAUGCGGCAACUACAGCAAGUGAUUUGAAGAAACAUGUUGAAAGUGAACACGAAGGAGUAAGACAUCCAUGCUCUCAAUGUAAAUAUUUGGCAACUAGAGCAAGUAGUCUGAAGAAACAUGUUGAAUAUAAACAUGAAGGAAUUAGAUAUCCUUGUUUGCAUUGUGAUUUUGCUGCAACCACAGCAAGUAACCUGAAGAGACAUGUUGAAAAUAAACACGAAGGAGUCAGAUAUCCUUGUUUAGAAUGUGAGUUUGUUGCAUCUCGAGCAAGAAAUCUUAAGGUUCAUAUUGGAAGUAAACAUGAAGGAGUGAAAUAUCCUUGUUCUCAAUGUGACUAUACCGCAACUACAGCAUCUUCUCUGAAGAUCCAUGUAGAAAGUAGACAUGAAGGGGUAAGGUAUCCAUGUUCUCAAUGUGAUUAUGCCGCAACUACAGCAGCUUCUCUGAAGAUCCAUGUAGAAAAUAGACAUGAAGGGGUGAGAUAUUCUUGUUUAGAAUGUGAGUUUGUUGCAACUCAAGCAAGUAACCUGAAGAAACAUGUUGAAAGAAAACACGAUGGAGUCAGAUAUCCAUGUUUAGAAUGUGAGUUUGCUGCAACUACGCCAAAUACUCUAAAGAAGCAUGUUGAAAGUAAACACGAAGGAGUGAGGUAUCCAUGUUCUCAAUGUGAUUAUGCCGCAACUACAGCAGCUUCUCUGAAGAUCCAUGUAGAAAAUAGACAUGAAGGAGUGAGAUAUGCUUGUUUGCAAUGUAAAUUUGCGGCAACUACAGCAAGUUGCCUGAAGAGUCAUGUUAGAAAUAAACAUGAAGGAGUGAGAUAUUCAUGCCACAAAUGUGAGUUUGUUGGAACUCAAGUAAGCCAUCUGAAGGUUCAUAUUCAAAGUAAACACGAAGGAGUGAGGUAUCCAUGUUCUCAAUGUGAUUAUGCCGCAACUACAGCAGCUUCUCUGAAGAUCCAUGUAGAAAAUAGACAU